AUGCCGGCCAUGACGUCUGCCAACCGGCCGUUCGCAGGCGGUAGCUUCGCACGCCCCCGACAGCUUUCCGAGAAUGACCCGCGCGAGAAGUGCGCGUCGGCGGCGCACUUUUCCUCCCAGGCUGUGACUGCUGCCCUGGCCACCCUGGCCUCCCUCGAGGGGUCGCCAGGACCCGCCGCGGCCCUGGCGCGGCCCACGGGCGGCUUGAUGCUCAUCGACGCCUUCACCCUCGUCGGCCUGGCCGGAAAAUACGCCAGCCGCUCGGGCCUAACACCACGGCACGGGAAUGGCCAUUGCGCGCCACUAAAGCGCGAGCCGUAUCGCCUCUCAUAA